UCUCCAGUCCUCCACCAGUAUCUUCUAGCCAAGUCCGGUAUUCCUUUCAGAACGCAAAAAUGAACACCUAUAUAUGUAUGUGUUUGGCUUCAUGCCUCUUGGUCGCUGUAAGCGCUGCAGGAUAUGGAAAUGGAUUCGGAAACGGAAAUGGUAACGGAAAUGGCGGCGGAAAUGGUAACGGCAAUGGCGCCGGAAAAGGAUACGACAAUGGCGCCGGAAACGGUUACGGCAAUGGCGCCGGAAACGGAUACGGCAAUGGCGCCGGAAACGGAUACGGUAAUGGCGCCAGUAACGGCGGUGGACGUUACAGGAGAGCUGGUUACGGAGGUGGUGCCGGCUCUAUGGGCGGAAGUUUCGGUGGCUCCGGAAUGGGAGGCAACGGUGGAUUCGGAGGAAUGAAUGGAGGCGGAUUCGGAGGUAUGAACGGAGGUGGAUCCGGAGUAAUGGGCGGUGGAAUAGGAGGCAAAGGCGGAUUCGGAGGAAUGAACGGAGGCGGAUUCGGAGGAAUGGGCGGUGGAAUGGGAGGCCAAAGUGGACUCGGAGGAAUAAACGGAGGCGGAUUCGGAGGAAUGGGCGGUGGAAUGGGAGGCCAAAGUGGAUUCGGAGGAAUGAACGGAGGCGGAUUCGGAGGAAUGGACGGUGGAAUGGGAGGAGGAAAAGGUUACUAGAUGACUUGCCUGUUCGUUAAAUCUUACAGUUUAUAAUAAAAUGGAUUUAAAAUAAAAUAUUCGGAGAG